AUGUCGUCAUCAGCAGUAUACAUCUUGGAUUUGAAGGGCAAGGUUAUCAUUGCCAGAAAUUAUCGCGGCGAUAUUGACAUGGGGGUUAUUGACAAAUUUUUACCUCUGUUAAUGGAGCGCGAGGAGGAAGGAAGGCAAAGUCCUGUAUUAGACCAUCCGGACGCCACUUUCAUCUACAUUAAACAUACAAAUUUAUAUUUCGUUUCUACAUCAUGCAAAAAUGUAAACGUUGCAUUGGUUUUAACCUUCCUUUAUAAAUGCGUUCAAGUAUUUACCGAUUACUUCAAAGAUGUUGAAGAAGAGUCAGUACGAGAUAAUUUUGUAGUUAUUUAUGAACUACUUGAUGAAAUGAUGGACUUCGGGUACCCACAGACUACGGAAGGAAAGAUAUUACAGGAGUACAUCACUCAGGAGGGUCAUAAGUUGGAGCUAGCUCCACGUCCACCUAUGGCGGUAACAAACGCCGUUUCUUGGCGAUCUGAAGGCAUAAAAUAUAGGAAAAACGAAGUGUUUCUUGAUGUAAUUGAAUCAGUCAAUCUCCUGGCGAACGCCAACGGUACUGUCCUGCAAAGCGAAAUAGUGGGUUCCGUGAAAAUGCGCGUGUAUCUCACUGGAAUGCCUGAGUUGAGGCUAGGAUUGAAUGACAAGGUUCUUUUCGAAAGCAGUGGUCGCGGCAAAAACAAAUCAGUGGAGCUAGAAGAUGUAAAGUUUCACCAAUGUGUACGGUUGUCCCGUUUUGAAAAUGAUAGAACAAUUAGUUUUAUACCUCCAGACGGUGAAUUUGAGCUUAUGAACUACCGCUUAAUGACUGUAGUCAAGCCGCUCAUUUGGAUUGAAACAGUAGUAGAAAAGCACACUCAUUCACGUAUUGAAUACAUGGUUAAGGCGAAGUCUCAGUUUAAAAGACGUUCAACAGCGAACAAUGUUGAAGUUAUUAUUCCCGUCCCCAGUGAUGCAGAUUCACCGAAGUUUAAGACUUCUAUUGGGACAGUGAAAUACACUCCUGAAGGAAGCUGUUUUGUUUGGAACAUUAAAAGCUUCCCUGGUGGGAAAGAGUACUUAAUGCGCGGUCAUUUUAAUUUGCCGUCUGUUCAGUCUGAAGACAUGGAAGGCAAACCUCCAAUAAAAGUCAAGUUCGAAAUUCCCUACUUUACAACAUCAGGGAUUCAGGUCCGUUACUUAAAAAUAAUUGAAAAAAGUGGUUACCAGGCUUUACCGUGGGUAAGAUAUAUCACGCAAAAUGGUGAGUAUCAACUGCGAAUGAUGUGA